UAUUUCACCGCCCAACUUGUUUUACUGAAUAUUGCUUUUAUUCUGAAAAAUAUAUCCGGAAGUAUGUUCCAUUUUUAUUCGGUCCGCUCAGCAGCGGUAUGUGAGAGACUACAGGGGAAGAGAAGAGACGGUGGACGUGAGGACUGAUUAAAACAGUAGGUGGCACCGACCUUUGGAGGACCGACGGCGUCUUCAAAAGUCCCACAAUCUGCUGGAUUUGGAAACAUUUCUGUAACGGUGAAGUUUAUUGAAUCCGGUACAGGAUGUCUGGACAGAGCAUUACUGACAGGAUAACUGCUGCUCAACACAGUGUCACCGGCUCGGCGAUUUCCAAAACGGUGUGCAAAGCAACCACGCAUGAAGUAAUGGGGCCAAAAAAGAAACAUUUAGACUACUUGAUUCAGUGCACAAAUGAGAUGAAUGUGAACAUCCCUCAGCUGGCCGACACACUGUUUGAAAGGACCACCAACACCAGCUGGGUGGUCGUCUUCAAGUCCCUCACCACCACACAUCAUCUGAUGGUCUACGGUAACGAGAGAUUUAUACAGUAUUUGGCUUCAAGGAACACACUAUUCAACCUCAGCAACUUUUUGGACAAAAGUGGCCUACAAGGCUACGAUAUGUCAACAUUCAUCAGAAGGUAUAGCCGCUACCUGAAUGAGAAAGCUGUGUCCUACAGACAAGUUGCGUUUGACUUCACGAAAGUGAAACGAGGAUCUGAUGGAGUGAUGAGAACCAUUAACACAGAGAAACUACUCAAAACCAUCCCUAUCAUCCAAAAUCAGAUGGAUGUGUUACUUGAUUUCAAUGUCAACGCCAAUGAACUCACAAAUGGUGUGAUCAACGCAGCCUUCAUGCUUCUGUUCAAAGAUGCAAUCCGACUGUUUGCAGCCUACAAUGAGGGCAUUAUUAACCUCUUGGAGAAAUACUUUGACAUGAAGAAGGUCCAGUGUAAAGAAGGACUGGACAUCUACAAGAAAUUCCUUACACGAAUGACAAGAAUCUCGGAGUUCCUCAAAGUCGCAGAACAAGUUGGAAUUGAUCGAGGGGACAUCCCAGAUCUGUCUCAGGCCCCCAGCAGCCUGCUAGAUGCCCUGGAGCAGCAUUUGGCCUCUUUAGAGGGAAAGAAAGUUAAAGACUCAACAGCAGCCAGCAGGGCUAGCACCCUCUCCAAUGCUGUCUCCUCCCUGGCCAACACCGGCAUAUCUUUCACCAAAGCGGACGAGAGGGAAAAACAGGCAGCCCUGGAGGAAGAGCAGGCUCGCCUAAAAGCGCUAAAAGAGCAGCGUCUGAAAGAGCUCCAGAAGAAUCCUGCUGCAGUGUCUACAGAGUCUUCCCCUAUCGCCACUGUGGGCGGGACCAUGAGCUCUGCCCCGGCCAUCGAUCUCUUCUCCACCCCCAGCUUCAACAACAGCACCUCCAAAGCAGCCACUGACCUGCUGGACCUGCAGCCAGCUUUCCAGCAGCCACUGCCUCUCUCUAUCACCAACUCAUGGGGAGGGUUUACAGCCUCCCCAACCCCCCAGCAGCCACACAACCCUCGAGGCCUUAACGUUGACUUUGACUCUGUAUUUGGCAGCAACGCUAAUGCCAACAACCUGGAUUCUUCAGAUGUUUUAGGUGGCAUCCUCAAACCUACAGUGGCAUCCUCACCAAAUCAGAGCAUGACUCCAAAUGGCCAACAGCCCCACAAACUGGUGUCCACUGACCUGGACUCCUCACUUGCCAAUCUUGUUGGCAAUCUGGGAAUUGGGAACGGCACAGCAAAGAAUGAUCUUCACUGGAGUCAGCCUGGUGAGAAGAAGCUGACAGGUGGAACUAACUGGCAACCCAAAACAGCUCCUUCUACCACCUGGAACCCUGCAACCAUGGCACCAUCUGUCAUGGCUUUUCCUGCAACCACACCAACGGGCAUGAUGGCAUAUGCAAUGCCUCCCCACAUGGGCUCCAUGAUGAUGACACAGCCCACUAUGAUGUAUACCCAGCCUGUGAUGAGGCCACCUAACCCCUUUGGGCCCAAUCCGGGUGCACAGUCCCCCACAGCGUCUAGCCCCUCCAGUCUCAGCCCCCUCAGAGCUCCAGGGAAGGACCCCUUUGCACAGCUCUUUCUGCAGAAUUUCUUAUAGAGCAUCUUUAGAUGCAGUUUAUGUAACCUGAGGGAGUCAGCUAGCCAAGCAAAUGGGCUGUUUGCUUCUAAUGAACUCAUUUCUCUCCGAGAAUGAAUGGCCCAAAUAAGACUGGUUGAAUAAUAUCACAUUGACUGGGAGCAGCUCUGGCCAUCCCAGAGAGGCACCACAGUGGACAUUGUGCCCAUCUAGUCAUGUCCAAGUCACAGAAGGAGAAGAAGAGUGUGUGCUGCCAUUUAAAAACAUGUGGACAAAGAUCAGCCGUUACUGUAUCCUGGACAAAGAGAAACACCCAAAAGGCAGAGCUGUCUAACAUUACUGCUUUAAGUACCUGGGGAAAAAAAGCAAAGCAGGUUUGUUGUCACACAUGCACACUGUUUGAAUGUCUCUUUUUUUUGUUCUUUUUUUCUCUCCAGGUGAGGCUGAGAGUCACUUCUUUUGAUUAACAAUCAUGAUUACCUUCUUGAGACGGCCUCAGAUUGGAAAACCAGUUGCAAACUGCUGUUUAUACCACUUAUUUUUUCUUCUUUUUAUGUAUUGUUUGCAGUAGACAUUCCUUAUGUAUUGUUUGUAUUUAUUUAUGAUUCCUUACAAAGAGGAUUACAUUAAAAAACAAAAGGAAAUAUAAGUAACUCACUGACCUCUCCAUUGUGGAAGGUCUUCAGGUUUAUACAUAAGUAUGAUUGAUUGUAGAAUUAGAUUUUGGGUGAUUGAGAUAAUUUUUAAGAAAGAAGUUAAUAUAAAGAGAAUUCGUGUUUUAUUCUCUGUACUCGCAUGAUGCCUUGUACAGUUAUCUGUGGCUCCAGAGGUCACACUGAGGAUGUGUAUGAGCUUAAUAAUUCAAUAGCACCAUCAGAUAAAGGGGGUUGGUUUCUAUGAAUUUGGUGAGGGUAACAUUUUUCACAUUCAUAAAUGCACUACAUUUUGUGAUCAAGGCAACAUUGCAUUAGAAAGGAAUUGCAUUUAUGCUUUUGAUGCUUUUGGCAUGCCAUUUAUUCUUACAUAUAACAAAGCUCCUGGCUGCCCUUCUCCACCCUGGGGCCCGUUCAUGCUCAGAUCAUAUAUCCAUAGGCAAGCACUUUGUGUUUAGGACAAUGGAGGGGAGGGGGAGGCAUUGGGGGUAUGGUUGGGUCAGACCUGUAACAGAGGGUUGUAGGGGCAGAAAGGCCUAGUUGUGCAGGAGAAUGGAGCGCUGUUGAUCGGCGCUUUGUGUACAUACAAACCGAUUCUGCCAGUCACAGGAAUGGGUGGGUACAGGUUUGAAAGAUCACCUGAACAUUAAAGUGGCCCUGAAUCCAUUAACUGAGCAUUUUUGGUGCAUUGUCCCUGCAGAUUAUAUUUUUGUUUGUUUAAUUUUUCCAAUAAAGUGCAAGCUUCCAAAUUU